AUGGGAUCCGGCGUAGUAGCUGAGUCACACCCCCUGCCCCUCAUGCCAUCCGCUCCCCCCGCCCCUAACCUCCGCGUGCCCGCUCCCUCGCCGCCUCUUUUGACCCUUCCUGCCCCCCUCGCCGCCUCUUUUGACCCUCCCUGCCCCCCUCGCCGCUUCCCACCGCCCGCCAUUCGUUCCUCCCCGCCAGUGCCCUCCCCUCGUUUACCUUCUCCUCCCCCCUCCCCUCAUCUGCUGCACGCUUCUUCCUUCCCCUCGCUAACCUACUCCGCUCCCUGCCCCUCCUCUAUCCGCACCCUGCCCCUCGUUUUUCGUCCCCCUGCGCUUGCUUUCUCCCCUCCCUGCCCCUCGCUGCCUUUCUCCGCUCCCCUCCUCCCCUCUCUCCCCGGCCCCCCACUCUCGCCCCCUUGUCCUUGGCUUCCCACCUCGCUGCCCCACGUUUCCCCCCUCCUUGUGCUCAGCGUCUCCCCUCCCUGCUUUCUCCCUCCUCCCCGCCCUGCCCCUCAUUUUCCGCCCCCCCACGCCCGGUUUCUCCCCUCCCUGCAUCUCCCUAUCUUUCCCCGUCCCUCUCCUUUGUUCCCUCCCUGCCCCUGGCCGUCCAUGCCCCUGUCCUUUGUUUCUCCCCUCCCUGCCCGACGUUUCUUUCCUCCCUGA